AUGAACUUAUAUUUCUGCGAAAAGCGCUUUCAUAACAAAACCUUUCGCGGAAAAUAGCACUUUUCUCACUUUAAUUAAGCAGAUUGUACUUACUUCGAAUAGAUUGUGCUGAAAUGUCUGAUAGAAGAAAAAGGCACCGAAACGCAAGGGGAGAGAAGUCAGAGCAUGGAGAUGAAGAGAUGCAAGACAUAGAUGAAAGCUCUCCAGUAAUCCAGAUGUUCAGAGGCUUUCAACACGAGCUUGACCAACGUCAUGAUAAAUAUGAGAGAAUUGUGAAACUGAGUAGAGACAUAACAAUUGAAAGCAAGAGAGCUAUAUUUUUGUUGCACAGAGUUAACAAUCCUACUGAAAAUGCUGAUAUGUUACAGCAGACAGAAGAGAAACUAUCUACAUUGGAGAAUACAAAGUUCAGGGAGGUGGCUAAAGAGUUGGUCAACACUGACCCUUUCCAGUUCCUGAGGGCUUAUUCACCAGGGUUACAGGAAUACAUUGAGGCUGUGACAUUCUACACGUUUUUGAAGGAUAAUAAACUGCUGCCCCUCAGUGAUGUACAAGCUAGACUUACAUUUAAACAAAUGGAAGCAACAAAUAUUGACCAAGCAGAUACAGAUCUCAGUGAAAACAAACAGGACCCAAUGGAACAGUCAGAAACAGACAAUAGUUCUAUAGAAAAUGAGAGUUCAGUGGAUAAUUUGGUGGUUCUUGUACCACCAAGCGAAUAUAUUCUCGGAGUGGCAGAUCUCACUGGAGAGAUGAUGCGUCGAGCCAUUAAUUCUGUUGGAUCUGGUGAUCUGGAACGACCUUUUGAUAUCUGUAGCUUUCUUCAGGACAUUGAAGCAGCUUAUGCAUCCCUGGGAAAUGCAAAUAGAGAAGUUAACAGGAAAUUAUAUACGCUUCGUCAGAGUCUGCGUAAAGUAGAGACUGCUUGUUACACAUUGAGAGUAAGGGGAUCAGAGGUUCCCAAGCACAUGUUAAUAGAUAUGAUUUCAAAACCAAGCAUGUCGCAGUUAAAUGUUGAAGACCAGGAUGUUUUAGAAGAUGAUUAGUUAAAAGUACACCUGAUGUACAGUCAAAACCAAAUUUUAUCUCUCAGAAUUCAGUUUUGCCUAUGUACUGAUAAAGCCAAGUCAAAAUUUUCUCUUUGCACUAAUUAAUACAAAUUAGACUUACUGCAGAUGUACAUGUGUUAAAGGAAAUUUUAAGUCAGCAAAUCAAUAUAUUUGUAAUUUUUGUCUGUGAACUGACAACUGUUUUAGACUAUGGAGUGCAGGUCCAGUUGUACAGUAGCUAGAGCACAAGAUUAUGAAUAAAGGUGACAGUUGGAUCCUAGGGAAAGGAAAAUAAAAAUUUGAUAGAAGUCAAAA